AUGGCGACACAAGGCAAGGCGGCGGCGUCAAGUAAAGAUGCUACGCCCACCAAUCCGCGGGGCAUCCCCUACGCCCCGUUCGUCGAUAAGGUCGAGGACUACGUCACCACCCGAGAAGACGUCGAACCUACCCUGCGAAGCUUCCAAGAAAUGAUCUCCAAGUACCAGUUUAUGGAGAUGAACCUGCAGAAGCGGAUGGGGGGCCUCAAGGAGAAAAUUCCCGACAUUCAGAAGACUCUCGACUCGGUCAAAUUCCUCAAGCUAAGAAAGGAGGAUGAUGAGCCGAUAGAGACGACGUUUGAGCUUAACGACACGCUGUAUUCGAAGGCGAAUAUCCCCGCGACUGAGGAGGUCUACAUCUGGCUUGGGGCCAACGUGAUGCUGUCAUAUCCUAUAGAUGAGGCCGAGACGCUGCUGGGCUCGAAGCUGUCGACGGCGAAGCUGAGCUUGUCGAACUGCGAGGAGGACUUGGACUUUCUUCGUGAACAGAUUACGACCAUGGAGGUCGCCAUUGCUAGAGUAUACAACUGGGAGGUCGUCCAGAAGCGAAAGGACAAGGCCGAGGAGGAAAAGGAGAGCAAGAAGAACAAGGAGUCACAAGAUAACUGA